GAGAUUAAUGGUGAUACACUAGUGAAGGCUACAGUUUCAUUGAGAAUGAUUGGCUCCCUCGUAACCCUCUGGUAUCCCCCAGUCAGUGCUGUUUCCCAUAAUGAGCCAGAGAGAGAGAUGAUAGGCGGGUGGGAGGACGCUAUUAAUCCUCAGUAAGCAUGCUGCAUGUCAAAUGGCCUUGCUCAGAGAUUUACAGGCCUGUGUUGGGGUCACAUCGCUGCCUCCACUUGGUAGAUCAGGCUUCGACUCCUUUCGCUCUGCCCUGGCCCGCUGGGCUGUCUGUGGGGGAGACGGAGGUCUCGGAGACUGCUGUCCAAUAUUAACCGAAGCACAAACAGAACAGCGGUAAACAAAGGGCAGAGUAAACACACUCCCAAAGCCUGGAGAACAAACAUGGACAUUCACAGCACAUGUAGUAAAUAAAAAUAGUAGUUAGGUUUGUUUAAAAUGAAGGAAUUCUACCAAAAACUUCCAAAGCUGUUUAGUUAGAAUCAUCCGAUUAAACUGAAAAACAGUCCAGCUGUUGCUCCCUGGGAUACAAACCUCUACAUACACUCAUAUAGACACACACACUAUGAGGGCUGAGUGUGUCUCACUCUGUCAUGAGGGAACAAGGUCACCAUCUUCCCCUCUGUCUUCUGAUCUAUGAAGUCACAGCCAGGUCCAGCUGUUUGGACCACAGUCCCUGUCCUUCCUGGGUGUCCCCACUUUCCCUUUUGUCUUUCCCCCUGGGAAGUUUAAGCCCUCCUCUAGCACAUCAUCAGCCACAGAGCAUCAGCUGCGCUCUUCCUCUUUGCUUUUUAAAAAUAGGCUGGGAUAUCAGCCUGGACAGCUAAGAGACCUGGACGCAUCCUGGGGAUUGAGGAAUGUCCGCACUUCCCAGCUCUUUCAUAUCUAUGUGAAUCCUCUGAGUAAUUGUCUCCGUGUGUGUUUAUGUCAUUGUGUGUGUGUGAAGAUAGAGCCUGUAUUACUAGCUGGAGAAAGGAUUUUCUGUCCAGAUGAGAGAGUGGACUGAUUUGGAGAUGAGCUUUUCAGCAGGGGGGUUUCUCUCCACGUCGGACGGUUUCUGCUCCACAGAGCAGCUCCAGUACUACGACAUGCUGGCUGACCCUCUGGGCUAUCCCCUGCAGGACCCUGACCUCCAGCUGCUCCCCUACAGCCAACAACAGUACAGUCCUGCCAAUCUGCCCUUCUCCCUCUACGGCUCCCCGCCCUCCUCCACCCCAUCCCCCUCCUCUUCCUCUUCCUCCUCACAGCUCUGCCACCCUCCAUAUUACUACAACCCUCACUGUCUGGAGCCCCCCUGUGAGCCCAGCCCUGAGCCUCACUGUGGAGGAUUGGUUCAGGGGAUCGAAGCCGUGGGGCUGCCUCUUGGGCGGAGGUCACGGACGGGGUCGGGAGGGAAGAUCAGAGGUCAGGAUGAGCUGUGUGUGGUGUGUGGAGAUAAAGCAUCAGGGUACCACUACAAUGCUCUUACCUGCGAGGGAUGUAAAGGUUUCUUCAGACGCAGUGUGACUAAGAAGGCAGUGUAUCACUGCAAGAGUGGUGGUGGAUGUGAGAUGGACAUGUACAUGAGGAGGAAGUGCCAAGAUUGCCGGCUGAGGAAGUGCCGUGCCGUGGGAAUGCUGGCUGAGUGCCUUCUGACUGAAGUGCAGUGCCAAUCCAAACGACUGAGGAAAGGUGGUAAAGGCCGAGUUCAGGAAGAAGAGGAGAACACAGACAGUAGGAGAGUCAGCUCUACCAGCAGGAUACCUGGACAGGCUCUGUCGGCCAGUUUAACCCGAGAACAGAAGUACAUUGUGGACAGGUUGGUGGAGGCUCAUCGACUGUACCAAGCUCAGGACAGCAGCAGCUGUAGGGUGUUUGAGUGGCCGUGUGAGGAAGAAGGGGAAGGCCUGUCCAAUGUUUUAUCGCCGCACAUACAGAGGCUGCUGCAGUUUGCCAGGACAGUGCCAGGUUUUGACCUCCUGGAUUUCUCAGACCAGAGCGCUCUCUUGUCCAUCUCUUCGCUGGAGGCCAUGUUCUUGCUCUCAGCUCAGCAGUUCUCCCACAAUCCCACAAGCCCCAGUCCAGCACUGCAGCUUUUCAGUAUGUCGACGCACAACUGGCUCAGAAAUGUUGAGUCAAAAGACAACAUCCACAGCAGGACGAUGAUCAGUUCAGGAAGCAAUGAUGACCUCUUCGGACCGGUGCUCAACUUCUUCCACAGCAUGGCGACGCUGCGAGUGACGGAGGCCGAGUACGCCCUGCUCACUGCCACGGCUCUGCUCUGCUCAGACCAGGCGUCGCUUCAGGCAGCCAGCUGUGUCGAGAAAAUGCAGGAGCUGAUCCUGGACCUGCUGUCCAGGGUGUGCGGGGCCCAGGCUGCAGCUACACGAGGAGGCCCGCAGCGCUUUGGCCGCCUCCUGGGCAGACUGACGGAGCUACGGACCCUCCGUCACAACUACCUCCUACUGAUAAGACAGCAGCCUGGACACUGAUGGAGGGGACGUGCAGGGAAAUAGUUUUGACUUCAGUUUGAGGACUUACAUGUACAAACACCAUCUCAGAAAUUAAUUUUUUUAUUUUUUAUAUAUAUGUUAAUGGGACGGUGUCAUAUCAAAACGUUAGAAUCUGUUGAAAAAGUGCCACAAAAAUCUACUUUUCCUCAUUUUAAAAUAAGAGUAUCCAAAAGGUCUGAAAUCUGCAGGUGGGCUGCAAUUAGGUUAGAAAUACUUUUUAUACCUGUGCAUACAGCUACCAUGCACACAUACAGUGAUUGUCACUUUGGUCAGUAAUGUUACAAUAAAACAAAAAGUGAA